UAGAUUAAAAUAAUUACACUAAAUUAUUUUUUUUUAAAAAGAGUUGAAGCCACGAAUGUGUUGACUGUUCAUGGACUUCACGUCUGCAAUUUUAUAAACUUUCCAGUUUUCCAACAAUUAAAUAAAUUCAUGAGAUGGCCAUGCUCUUCAAAUCCAUUUUACAACUCACCGCCCAAUCACCUCCACCGCUUCUUCCCUCCAAUUUUUCGCUUCCAUUAAUGGCGUCAUCCCGAAUUUAACCUCUUUCUAUAUAGAUCGAUUUUAUCUUGGAUGAAUUUCAAAACUGAAAUCUGUGUUAUUAAAGAAGACGAUGAAAUUCGAAGAUUUUUUGAUGGAACGAACAGAGGAAAAGAAGAAGAAGAUCGAGCUUCAAGAAGAGGUGGAUAAAUUGCAAGCGGAAUUAGAUGAAGAGAAAGAAGUGAACAGGGUUUUGCGGCGGGCGCUUGAGGCUUCGCCGCUGUCAUUGUCGCAGCAGCCGCCAUUGCUCCCACCGUUGCUUCCGCCUCAAGUUCAGGCACUUCUCGCUGAACUAGCAACGGUUGAAGAAGAGAUUGUUUGGCUGGAGAGAAAAAUCGAUGACCUGAAAAUGAAACUGUAUCAAGAGAAAAAACUAACCCAGCUAUGGGAAAUCCGGCAACAACAGAAUCAACUCAUAUGCAAACCACCGAGAAAUGACGACGAUGAUCUAAAUCAACGAACCAGAUCCCAAAAUUACGAUAUCCUCAGAAAAAGGAGAAUUAAAAGCCAUAGGCGAGCCUCCAUGGGUUCUGCUUCAGAUAUCCUAACCUUGUCUUCCUCACAAUGCUCUACUGCAGGAGAAGUUAAUCAACGAUCAAAGAAAUUACAAACAUGGAGAAUUCAAAAGCAAUGCCCGAUCAUUAAUGAGAAACCAAAUGAACUGUCGGAAGAACUUGUGAGAUGUUUAAUAGGCAUAUUUUUUGAAUUGAACCAGCAGGGAUCACAAGAUAAAGAAGGAUCCGCCAUUGUAGCAAAGCUUAGCUUCUCUUGCAUGGCUUCGAGAGGAUACUCGGCAAAGAACUCAUUGAUUAACUUAAAAUCACCCAUUUUUGGCUUCAAUCAAAAUGCAUCAAACAUUGAUCCUUACGGUAUAAUCCCAGAAUUUGAUGGCCUUUUUAGAGAUAUUGGGGAUUACAAGAACUUCAUCCAAAUCACAAGACAUUCCUUCGAUCUCACUCGAUUCUCUGAUUGCUUAGCACCCAUUGGAAAGUUGAGGAUAUUGAUGCAUAGAUUAUCUAAUGUUGACUUGACAUUCUUAACCUACAAGCAAAAGCUGGCAUUUUGGAUCAAUAUCUACAAUGCCUGUAUUAUGCAUGUAUUUCUUGAACAUGGGCUACCUUCCACACAAGAGAAAUUAUUAGCACUUAUGAAUAAGGCUGCACUGAAUGUGGGCGGUAUAGUACUGAAUGCUUUAGCCAUUGAGCACUUUAUUCUUCGCCAUCCAUGUGAAUCAGAAUAUGGUCCAAUGGAUGAGAAAGAAAUGCUACUAAGACAUGCAUAUGGUUUGGGGUAUCCAGAACCCAAUGUAACUUUCGCCCUGUGCCGAGGCACAUGGUCCUCACCAGCAUUAAGGAUCUAUACAGCGGAUGAAGUAGUGAACGAACUGGGGAAAGCAAAAGUUGAUUAUUUGGAAGCAUCGGUGGGAAUUACGAGCAAGAAGAAGGUGUCAUUGCCGAAGCUACUGCAAUGGCAUAUGAAAGAUUUCGCGGACGACAUGGAAUCGUUGGUGGAAUGGGUUUAUAGCCAAUUGCCGCGUUCUGGGUCUUUGAAAACAUCCAUUAUGGAUUGUUUAAACAAAGAAUCUAAAUACCAGUUUGCCAAAAUGGUUGAAGUUCAGCAUUAUGAAUCUGAGUUCCGAUAUCUGCUUUCCUGCCCUUAUAAUUAAUUAUUAUGUUAUUAGGAUUCGGGUUUCAAGUUCGAGUAUUUUUAUCUUUUUAAUAUUUUGUAGGUAUAUUUUGACAAACUAUUUGAAUAAUCCGAUUAGUUCAAUUAAAUAAAUUAUUAAAAUUUAAAAAUAAAA